GUCUUCGGGUUUGAGUCGUUUGUUCAUCACGUGACAGCCCCGUAAACAAAGCUGAUGAACGAACGACUGGAAAAACCCAAAGACUUGAAACAGGUGAACUAAUUCCAGUACAGAACCUAUAGGAUGUUGUGCAUGUGUGACUGAACGAAUCCCUCCCCGAGACGACUCUUUAUUCCAGAGUCACAUUAAAGAUUCGUUCAAGAAUGACCCAUCACUAUAAUCAAGGCCACGUCUCACUCUCUCUCGUCUGCAUGUGGAGGACAUUCUGCAGGAAAUGACCUCAUGGCCUCCACUGCUGACGACCAUUUGCUCGCCAACCACAGCCGAGCCGCCCAAGGUCCUCUCCACUAACGAGGAGACACAUGGAAUACCGGCCCUCAAAGUUCAUGAAUCAUCAGACAAAGUUCAGCUGGAAUCUCAAGGUGGUUCCAGCAGCUCCAGUGUCUCUGACAGCAGUUCAGACACUGACAGUGAAAAGAGCAGCAGCCCAGAUGAACCAGCAGCUCCUGAGACAUUACACACACAGCCACAGAAAGAGAGUGACUGGCAGCUAGGACGGUGGUUAGAAAGGAAAGGAAACCAGCACCAGCAGAACCCUAGGAGCCCAUGUGAUGCCAUCAGGCCCAACUCCCAUGAUUCCUCUGACAGGACUGAGGCUCCAGGGUCACAGACUUGCCACAGUGACCCAGCUGACGGCGGCAAAGCGUCCGAUCUCAGACAGACUGUGGGGAGCACGAGCAUGUGUGAGGAUCUGCUGUUAGAAAGCACAUCCACACACAGACCCAAACACAAGAGAAGGAAAACGGCACAUCACACAGAGCAGAAGAGAACGACAGCAGACACCAACAACAUCAGCAAACAAACACAUUCGCCACUGCUGGUGAAGAUCAAGCUGAAGCUGCUCUCCAGGAUCCCACGGGAGCCCAAAGCAGCUCCGCCUCACACAGAGAACAGCAGAGCAUCGAGACGCAAGAGAGCGGUGAGCACAGCUAACACCUGACCCCU